AUGGAGAAGGAGUUCGCGAAGGAGCUCGCGGAGUUGCGCGCGGAGGAUGAGGCCGCCGCGGCCGCGCUCGCGACGACGUCCGGGGACGCGCCGGACGCCGCGACGGAAGGAGGAGGAGGAGGAGGAGGACAGCAAACGACGUGGGACCCGGACGCGCUGACGUCGUGGCAGAAGGACAACAGGAUGCUGAACGAGAUGGGGAAGAACAUCUGGAAGAACCCGAACCCGGCGUACGACGCGACGACGAUGAACACGCGGUCCACGAGCGCGUCCGAUUACGUGUACGAUCCCUCGGAGAUCGAACCCGUGGACAAGACGCACUGCCGACGACGCGACGCGUUCACCGCGUACGUGGAGGUGCAGGCGCGAGCGAACGCGAUCGCGAAAGCGUCCAGGGACCCACCAGGGUGAGGGGAUGACGACGUGCCGCGCGCGCGCGCGACGGCGGAAGAGAGAACGCGUCGCGUCCGUCGCGCGUUGGAAGUAAUAACAAAGCGAGCGCAGCGCGCGUUCCGUC